CCGGGGUGCUGAGAGCGGGGCGCUGAUGAUUUCAUCCACCGAACCCGGCGCAACAUCACACCUGCUUUUCCAAUAAACCACUGGAGUAGAACGGCGGAUUCCUCAAGACUCACUAUUCUUAUCGUUUAACCAACACCCAUGCGAUUCUUCAGGCUUACCUUCAAGUGCUUCGUCGACUGCUUUUGAGACCCUCAUAUUUCUCCGUCUGUUUUUGGCGCACUUUAAUUAUCACAAUAAAGAGCUUAAUCUUAUCAACCUGGUGUCGACGAUACAUACUAUAAAACGGACAAAACCUCCGCAGAACCGCGAAAUAUAAUCAUUUAACCAAACGCGAAAAACCGUUAUUUGCGAAUUGACAGGCGCGCGCGGCGCUCCUGCUGGCCAGCGGCAUGUCGCCCGAAGAUCACUUCACCAGUGAUGAAGGAUCGUGUCAAGAUGAUUCUCAGGAGGAUGCAGAAGUCGGCCGCCCUCUGGUGUCAGAGGCAGAGGUGUCAAACACACAGGCGAGUGAGCCGAGUGUCUGCUCGGCUCUCGUGGAUGCAGGCGAUCCCACUGCAGAACUGGGCCAUUCAGAUCGACAGACAUGGAGCAGACAGAUGGACUUUAUCAUGUCCUGUGUGGGAUUUGCUGUUGGCCUUGGAAACGUCUGGAGAUUUCCAUAUCUCUGUUAUAAGAAUGGAGGAGGUGUGUUUCUAAUCCCCUACAUUUUGAUGGUGUUUUUCGGAGGCAUUCCAGUAUUCUUCCUCGAAAUCGCACUGGGUCAGUUCAUGAAAAAGGGUGGUGUCGCCACAUGGAACAUCGCUCCUCUUUUUAAAGGGCUUGGUCUGGCAUCGAUGGUGAUUGUGUUCUUCUGCAACACCUACUAUAUCAUGGUUCUGGUAUGGGGCCUGUACUUUUUGCUUCACUCUUUUACUUCUCCUCUGCCGUGGGCCUCGUGUGGACAGGAGUGGAACACAGUCAACUGUACCACCAACUUCAGUCGCGUGUGUGUCAAUCAAUCAAUGUCCUUAUACGCUCUCAAUGUGUCCUCCGUCAACACCAGCGCAAACUGCCUGGAGCCUACGGGCCUGAUAUCAUCUGUCAAUGAAUUCUGGGAGCGUAAAGUGCUCCGUCUGUCUGGCGGUUUGGAUGAAUUAGGUGACAUCAGUGGUCAUAUGGUGUUGUGCCUGCUUGUUACAUGGGUCAUUGUGUACUUCUGUAUCUGGAAGGGUGUUAAGUCCACUGGCAAGGUUGUGUAUUUUACAGCUCUGUUUCCAUACCUGGUCCUGGUGGUUUUGUUCGUUCAUGGCGUCUCAUUGCCAGGAGCUGUUAAUGGUAUUAUUUACUACCUGAAGCCAGACUGGAGCAAACUGUCACAUCCACAGAUAUGGAUCGACGCUGCCACACAGAUUUUCUUUUCGUACGCAAUUGGUCUGGGGGCUCUCACUGCGCUCGGGAGCUACAACCGCUUCAACAACAACUGUUACCAAGAUGCAUUCAUUCUGGCUCUUAUAAAUAGCGGCACAAGCUUUUUCGCAGGGUUCGUCGUCUUCUCAGUUCUGGGGUUUAUGGCAGCAGAACAGGGAGUUAACAUCAGUAAUGUGGCAGAAAGUGGUCCUGGUUUAGCAUUUAUUGCCUAUCCAAAAGCAGUAUCGCUCAUGCCGUUAGCUCCAUUCUGGGCGGUACUCUUCUUCCUCAUGCUGCUGGUGCUGGGAUUGGACAGUCAGUUUGUAGGUGUUGAAGGUUUUAUCACCGGAAUUAUGGACAUGCUGCCCCCCAAAUCCUUCCUGGGAUCUCUGCGUCGGGAAAUCAUUGUGGCGAUAUGCUGUUUCACCUGUUUCAUUAUUGAUUUUUCCAUGUUAACAGAGGGAGGGAUGUAUGUUUUUCAGUUGUUUGAUUAUUACUCUGCCAGUGGAAUUACUUUGCUCUGGCAAGCCUUCUGGGAGUGUGUGGUGGUGGCCUGGGUAUAUGGUGCCGACCGCUUUAUGGACGACGUGGCCCGUAUGAUCCGCUAUCGGCCUCUACCGUAUAUGAAGUGGUGCUGGUCUUACAUCACACCUGCAGUGUGCAUGGGUGUUUUCUUGUUUCACUUGAUCAACUACAAGCCAUUAGUGUAUAAUUCUGUGUACGUCUACCCAUGGUGGGGUGAGAUGCUGGGCUGGUUUCUCGCACUCUCAUCGAUGCUCUGUAUACCUCUCACCGUCCUCUUCAAACUUCUGCACUGCAAAGGAACUCUUAUGGAGCGUUGGCAGCACCAGACCACCCCCAUCUGGGGGAGACAUCACCUCGAAUUCCUUCCACCUGAGAACGAAGCCAGAUUUCUACCAAAGCCAGAAGAAAAUAAAACCAUACUCUUUGAAAGUGUCAUUUAGUACCCCCAAAAACACAUGUUCCACAUUGCAAAUCACUCAGAUACAACUGCUUUACAUCCCAGAAAGCAAAGGCACACACACGCAGAAGGAAAGUGCAAUUAAAUGACUUUAUUACAUGGACGAGAAUCAUUGAACUCCAAUUUAUCCCACAGCAUCCAUGCCAUUAGCCUACACAGUGUUAUACGAAUACAGCACUUAAGCUCAGUCUAGCACAUCAGUGUCUGGGCAUAUCAACUAACGCAAUGCUGAUUCCAUCUCCAUCCUCAAUGCAUUCAUAAGGGCCGGUAAAUCCGUGUGGCUCAUGUGCAACAAACGUAUAUAUAACAGUGUCAAAUACUCUGAUUAAUUUUGUGUGUUCAGUUUUACUUGUUUGUGUAUGCCCUACAUCAUAAGCACUUGAGAUCUUACAGUGUUGUGCAAAAAUUAUUAAAACAACUUUCAGAACCAA